AUGACUAAAAUCCUACUGCCGGACUGUUCUCUUCCCCGCCCUACGGAUACAGAAACCGUGCCUCUGUUGGCAACCGCAGAUUCCGCCCCAGACGGCCCAAUAGUCGACCUGAAAUAUGCCAAAUACCAAGGAACUUUCAACUCGACCUUGAACCUCAAUAUAUUCAGAGGAAUCCGCUACGCAGCCCCUCCAACAGGCGACCUCCGCUGGAAACUGCCCCAAGACCCAACAUCCAACGACACCCUCACCCCAGCCACAGCAAACCCGCCGCGAUGUCCAUGGGCCCGCCGCUCCCUCCAGUACCCCAAAACAGCAGCCGAAGAAGCCGCCCUCCAAAACUUCGCCUUCGCCGGCGACGAAGAUUGUCUCUUUCUCAAUGUCUUUGCCCCAGCCGGCGUCGCGGCCCUGCCGAAACCUCUGCCUGUGGUGGUAUGGAUCCACGGAGGGGGUUAUAACCUCGACUCAGCGUCCUCGUUUGACUUUUCCUCGCAAAUUGUGACGAAUAACAAUAGCUAUGUGGCGGUCGUGAUACAGUACCGUCUUGGGGCGUUUGGGUUCCUUUCGUCGGAGGAGCUUGUUAAAGGCGGCGGGGUCACGAAUGCUGGGUUGUGGGAUAUGAUUCACGCGUUAAAGUGGGUGAAGACGCAUGUGGACAAGUUCGGAGGGGAUCCGAGGAGGGUGACGGUAGCGGGACAGUCUGCUGGUGCGGGAGGGGCGUUGUUGUUGGCUGCGAGUGAUGAGGCUGUUGGGUUGUUUGACGGUGUUAUUGCGAGUAGUCCGUACUUGACUACUCUGCCAUCAGAACUGACAUUCGACAACAGCAAACACGACGGCGAUAGACCGACGAGAGCAUACAAAAGCCUAGCAGAGCGCAUAGGCUGCUCUUCAAACGCCACAUCCUCAUCCUUACUCUCCUGCCUGCAGAACGCAGACUCCCUCACGCUCCAAAAUGCAAGCGACUGGGUAAGUACCCAAGGCCGCUACGGCCAAUGGGAAUGGCGGCCCGUCAUCGACGGCAAACUCGUCAGAGAUACCCUCACGCAGGAGUUGUCUCAGGGGAAAGCAGACGUCAACGGGCGGCGGGUUCUCACUAGCAACGUCGCGGAUGAAGGACCGUAUUUCACAUGGCAGAACAUUACCUCCCAGGCACACUUUGUCUCGUUCCUGCAGAGUAACUACCCCGCGCUCUCAGAGGGCAACGUAACAGAAAUCCUCGCCACCUACGCGCAGAAACACGAGGCAUUCCUGAUGGCCAACUCGAAGGAUGCGAAUAAUACGGACCCAGGCUUCAGCACCAACGGCCUCGAAUCACCGUACGCAACGACAGUAUCGGACUACGCUACGGGCUGGCAGCAGGUCGCCAACAACUUCUACGCCGAAGCGACGUUUAUAUGCGCCUCGCACUGGCUUGCGAAUGCAUAUGCCGCUAAGGACGGGGCGAGAGCGUGGCGGUAUCAGUAUAGUGUUCCGCCGGCGUACCACGGCGUCGACAUCGGGUCCGGAUCGGCUGUUGAUGUGUUGCUUGCGCCGGUUGAUACGCCUGGAACGGCGGUGACGAUGCCUUUGCGGCUGGCGCUGCAGAAUUCUUGGGGGCAAUUCAUCACGCGUGGAGAGGACUUGGUGCUUGGUGGGAGCGGAGGAAACUCGACGGUAUGGGCGCAGUGGAAGGAGGGCGGGAGAGGAGCUGCGAGUAUGUUGAAUGCGAAUAUGACUGGUGGGGUGCCGGUUGGUAAGGUGUCUUCGUUUGAUGGGAUGGCACAAAAGUUUGCUCAUUGUGUCAACACCAAAUGA